AUGGGUGCUGAAGAUGUCAGAAGAUUAGCAUUGUACGUAUAUGAAUAUCUGCUCCAUGUAGGAGCACAGAAAUCUGCCCAGACAUUUUUAUCAGAGAUAAGAUGGGAAAAAAACAUCACACUGGGGGAGCCCCCAGGAUUCUUGCACUCCUGGUGGUGUGUGUUUUGGGAUCUCUACUGUGCAGCUCCAGAAAGACGAGAAACAUGUGAACAUUCAAGUGAAGCAAAAGCCUUUCAUGACUAUAGUGCUGCAGCAGCUCCCAGUCCAGUGCUAGGAAACAUUCCCCCAGGAGAUGGCAUGCCAGUAGGUCCUGUACCACCGGGUUUUUUUCAGCCUUUCAUGUCCCCUCGGUACCCUGGAGGUCCAAGACCACCUUUAAGAAUACCCAAUCAGGCACUUGGAGGUGUCCCAGGAAGUCAGCCAUUAUUGCCUAGUGGGAUGGACCCAACACGGCAGCAAGGGCAUCCAAACAUGGGUGGGCCAAUGCAGAGAAUGACUCCUCCAAGAGGAAUGGUUCCUUUAGGACCACAGAACUAUGGAGGUGCAAUGAGACCCCCACUGAAUGCUUUAGGUGGCCCGGGGAUGCCUGGAAUGAACAUGGGUCCAGGGGGUGGUAGACCUUGGCCAAACCCAACCAAUGCCAAUUCUAUACCUUAUUCUUCAGCAUCUCCUGGGAACUAUGUAGGUCCUCCGGGAGGUGGAGGGCCACCAGGAACACCCAUCAUGCCUAGUCCAGCAGAUUCAACCAACUCUGGAGACAACAUGUACACUUUAAUGAACGCAGUACCACCUGGACCCAACAGACCUAAUUUUCCAAUGGGGCCAGGGUCAGAUGGACCUAUGAGUGGACUGGGUGGAAUGGAUUCACAUCAUAUGAAUGGAUCAUUAGGCUCAGGAGACAUGGACAGUAUUUCCAAAAACUCUCCCAGUAAUAUGAGCAUGAGUAAUCAGCCUGGCACUCCCAGGGAUGACGGUGAGAUGGGUGGAAACUUCCUAAACCCUUUUCAGAGUGAGAGCUAUUCCCCUAGCAUGACAAUGAGUGUGUGAUCCGUUACCAAGUCUCCUAAUGAAGACCACAGUGAGUUGGCCCUCUUCAGAGAGCUACUACAGAAGAAAAUUAUUCGUCCCAGUGUACAGUUUAACAAAAGGAUCUCAGAUACAAUCAGACCCACCCUUUUUUUUCUACCAUCUCCCCAGUUUUGUCAAGAAAGUGGGUCCCAAACAUGAUUGAGACAACUGUAAAGAGUGGCGUAACAGAACUGCCCAAGAUGGAACUGCAAACAUUUAUCUGUGUAUGUACAUGUAUGGGUUGAUGUAUAUGUAUGUGUGUGUGUGAUAUAGAAAUACACACAUACAUAUAUAGGCCUGCAGGACAUUGUAAAAUAUUAUCACAUGGCAUCUUAAGUAGAAAUGAGAAGUAGGGACUUCUAUUCCAUCUUUUUUUUCACGUUUACAUUUUAAUUAUUAAAAUUUGCUUUCCCUCUCCCCUCCUGAACUGUUUUAUGUUGCAUAUAUCACUGCUUUAUAAGUUAUUUUUUAAGGUGAACUCAAAUGAUAAAUUCUUCUGAUUUUGUAAAUGUCUGCCAUUACGGAUAGGAAUAAAAUUGCUUAUAAGA